CCCAAAAUCACCCAAAUCACCCAUUGUAUGAGCUACUGUCGCGACAUCGAUCCCUAAUCCCUUCACAAUGGCGGCAGCACAGUCAACCUCGUCGAUUCUCUCUUUCCUACUCCCUCGUGUGUCCGCCCCGGCAGCAUCGGCCGCUUCGCGCUCUACGACUCUCUUCUCGAGAUACGCCUCAACUCCGAUCCUUCCUACGAUUGCUUUCGCCAUUCCCGCGUCGAUACGUCUCAAUGUUCCUUCUCUGCUCGGCGAUAUCUGGGAGUCGGUUCUCCGAGCUGUGCCCAAGAAGAAGACAUCCCAUAUGAAGAAGAGGUCGCGCUUCAUGGCUGGCAAAGGACUGAAGGAUGUUACGGAACUCAACAAGUGCUCAGCAUGCGGGCAUGUUAAGAGAGCGCAUUUGCUGUGCCCUUACUGCGUGAAAGAGAUCCAAGACAUGUUCAAGGCGACGAUGAAGAAGGCAUCUGGGACGACUGGGACGACCAAGUCUGAAUAAGUGCACUGUAUAAUUUGGAGGCUGUAAAUUUGAAGUCUGAUAGAGAGGUCUGGCAUUGCAACUGGCGUUAUUCAAGGGCGAUGGGAAAGCGAAGAUGGUGGUAAUGGCUACAUGCUGUUGCCAAUGUGACAAUAUUGUAUAAAAUAUAACAAAAGAUUGAUCUCACUAGAUAGAGAUUGAUAUGUUACAAUAUGUAUCA